CAGAGAGAGAGAAGGAUGAAGUCCAGAGUCGUCCUCAUUCAGAUUCUUGUGUUGCAACUCUUAGUAGUUGUGUGUGUUUCACAGAAUUAUGAUUUCUUCUAUUUUGUUCAGCAGUGGCCGGGGUCGUACUGUGAUACAAGUAAUGGUUGUUGCUACCCUACAACAACAGGAAAGCCUGCAACAAACUUUAGCAUCCAUGGGCUUUGGCCUAAUUAUAAUGAUGCCUCCUAUCCAUCUAACUGUGAUUCCAACUACCCUUUUGAUCCAUCACAGAUCUCUGACUUGGUAAGUAGUCUGCAAAUAAGCUGGCCAUCACUUUCCUGUCCCAGCAGCGACGACACAAGUUUUUGGUCACACGAAUGGGAUAAACACGGUACCUGCUCUGAAUCAGUCCUUAAUGAACAUGGUUACUUCGCAGCAGCUCUCAAUCUUAAAGGCCAAGUGAACCUCCUCCAAAUCCUCAAAAGCACAGGAAUCCAACCAGAUGGUGGAUUUUACAAUGUGAAUAGUAUCACACAAGCAAUAGCAGGAGCAGUUGGAUACACUCCUGGAAUAGAUUGCAACAAAGACACAUCAGGCAACAGUCAGCUAUACCAGAUAUACCUAUGUGUAGACACUUCUGGAGCCAACUUCAUUGAGUGCCCAAUAUUGCCAAGUACCAAAUGUAGUUCAAGCAUUGAAUUCCCUUCUUUUUAACAUUAAAAUGGAAC